CGAAGUAUUUUUUUUCACGCGCAAGUCGGUCAAAGUUGCGCUCUGCUGCUUCAAACUUUUGUUGCUUUUCGGGAUAUUGGAUCUAGCAAAAUUAAAUUGAAGGAAAUUCUGUGGCUACAAAUGGAUGAAGGGAAUUACGGCAGCCAGGCAUUUUUGCAAGGGCAAAUGCACGGAGGUGGAGAUUACAAUCCACGAGGACAACAAGGCAAUGAUGUAGAUUCACAAUCAAAUAUUCUACCUCUCGGUAGAAAACAAGACAUCAGUGAUGUUUUGCAACAAAUUAUGACGAUUACUGACCAAAGUUUGGACGAAGCCCAAGCCAGGAAACAUGCAUUGAAUGUUCAUAGAAUGAAAGGAGCUCUGUUUCAAGUCCUUUGUGAAAUAAAAGAAAAAUCAGUUCUUAGCAUGAGGUCACCCCCAGAAGAUGAACCACCAGAUCCACAACAACUCAGAUUGGACAGAAUGUUGGAAUCUGAGGGAGUAGCUGGACCGGAAGGAAGUGGAUCAGCGGCUGCCGUGGCUGCAGCGGCAUCUAGUGGCGGAAAUGACAGCGCGGAACAUAGCGACUAUCGAGCAAAGUUGUCACAGAUACGACAGAUAUAUCAUUCUGAACUGGAGAAAUAUAACCAGGCUUGCAAUGAAUUCACAACUCACGUUAUGAACUUACUUCGUGAGCAAAGUCGGACUCGACCAAUCUCCAACAAGGAAAUUCAGAGAAUGAUUGCGAUCAUCACCAAAAAAUUCAACAACAUCCAACUACAGUUAAAACAAAGUACUUGUGAGGCUGUGAUGAUUCUGAGAUCAAGAUUCCUAGAUGCUAGACGAAAGCGUCGUAACUUCAGCAAGCAAGCUACAGAAGUACUGAAUGAAUAUUUUUAUUCACAUUUGAGUAAUCCAUACCCAAGUGAGGAAGCGAAAGAAGAAUUGGCAAGAAAAUGUAGCAUCACAGUAUCUCAGGUUUCCAAUUGGUUUGGCAACAAACGUAUUCGAUACAAGAAAAACAUUGGGAAGUUUCAGGAAGAAGCAAAUCUCUAUGCUGCUAAAACUGCUCAGGCUGCUGUCAGUGCUGACAUGACUGGAGGACAUAUGUUUUCUCCAGGAGGACAAAACGCUCCUACUACGCCACCUGCUGGUGGAGCACAAAUCCACGGAUCUCCCAACAGUUCAACACCAACGACCCCAACAUCUGGGCAUAAUUACUCCAGUCCAUCGUCACAGAGUGGAUACCCACAAGCAGGAGGAAACACUGGAGAAAUGUUCAUGGGUGUUAAUGGAGAAAAUUAUCAAAAUCAACAACAGGUUUGUGAAAUGCUUUUUUCUAGUCAAUCAACUUUUAUUCAAGUGCAGUUUUAAGCACCAUGUGGCGUCUGAAGCUGCCGCUAAACCAUGGC